GUGAAUUCUUAAAAGAGUUCUGUCGUGUUGUUUUACCUCGCUAUUCACACAAAUCUUUGUCAACACAUGUACAUGUACUUGUCCGAGAGACGCCUGCUCUGAGAAAGCGUUUAAGCGGACGUUCGUGGAGCAGCACAUCUGUCGUUCACCCUUUGCAUUAACCGUACUGGCACGAGCUUGAGCAUCUCCCAUCCUUUGACUGUUGCCAUAGAGAUCUGCUGCUGAAUCCGAGACAGGCUUCAUGAUGUUGUCUUCUUCUUCUCAAGGGAAGCUGGUUAGAAACGGCGAGGAGAAGAAAUCAGUGAUUUGGUUGGAGGGAAAUAUCGCAAGUGGAAAGACAACAUGUCUGGAAUACUUCAGCAAAACCAGUGACAUUGAGGUGUUAACAGAGCCCGUGUCCAAAUGGAGAAAUGUGCAAGGAUGCAAUCCAUUGGGACUGAUGUACCAGGACCCAUCUAGAUGGGGACUCACUCUUCAGACGUAUGUCCAACUGACAAUGCUGGAUCGGCAUGUCUUACCAAUGGCAUCACCAGUCAGAAUGAUGGAAAGAUCUAUUUACAGUGCAAAAUACAUUUUUGUGGAAAAUCUUUACAAAAGUGGAAAGAUGCCCGAGGUGGACUUUGCUGUUUUAAGUGAAUGGUUUGAGUGGAUCAUAAAGAAUAUUGCUAUUCCUGUGGACCUUAUUGUCUACCUGCAGACGUCUCCACAGACUUGCUACGAAAGACUAAAGCAGAGGUGCAGAGAGGAAGAGAAGGUCAUUCCCUUGGAGUACCUAGAAUCAAUCCAUCACCUCUAUGAGGACUGGCUCAUUCAUCACAAGUCGUUUGAGGUUCCUGCUCCAGUUCUGGUAAUCCCAGCAGAUCAUGACCUUAAGAAGAUGCUGCAUCAGUAUGAGGAGAACAGAGAGAAGAUAUUAAUGGCACAUUGCUGAGUUUAAGAUCUGAGACAACGACGAUCAUAUCAAUCCAUACACGCGUCUUCUGUUCUCAUCAGAAGAGAGACAGAUGAAGCAAGCACUUUUUUUUUUUUACUUGAAACUGGAUUUACAAACAUUCCUCCUGCAGUGGACAGUUGAUUUGUAUAGUAGGAUUUGUUUAUUAGUUCAUAUAAUAGUUUUAUUUAAAUUCUGCCUUUUAUGAUAAUUAUUUUGUAUUUGGAUUUGCAGUCUUUGCAAACUUGGUUUAGGCACUUAAGAGGAGACACAGUCUUUAUUUUUAGCCUUGUUUAUGGAAGCAUUCCAUACUACCUAAAGGUGCUGCACUUAGAAACAUUUCCAUUGGCUCUUUUGUUGUCAGUAGACAUUUCAAAUUCUAAAUGGCAAUUCCAAAGCGUGCAAAUAUACUGUAUGUGAUUUAGUCCUGCAUUUUACAGUGAAAUCAUCAUACUAGGGUCUUGAUGAUCCUUUUAUUUCCAUGAAUUCAGUUCAUUCUGCCACUUGCGGACAGUGUCACUAACAAGUAAAGACACUGUGGUCAGUUUACGUUACUGAAAGUGUUACUGUGACCAGUGUAAUUUAUACUGCAUAAGGCAUUGUUUUAAAUAAACUGGAAACAUUUUUUUGAAAA